AUGGAUAUGGAACAUAACAUAAUGCUUAUUGGUGAUACAGGAUCAGGAAAGUCAUCGCUUGCAAACUGCAUUUUAGACAAAGAAGUAUUCAAAACUUCACAAGAGCCUCAUGCAUGUACAAAGGAACCAUCAAAGCAAACAAAUGUUGUUGAUGGUAAGAAGUUUACUGUGAUUGAUACAGAAGGUUUCCAGGAUGAAAAUGGAAUUUCGAAAGAUCAAAUUCAUAAACUCGGGGAGUUAAUUCGAAAUGAUAUUGCAGGGUUAAAUGUAAUUGCAGCAGUUAUAAGAUUCUCUGAUCAUAGAUUUUCUCAGAACGUGAUUAAUGAAUUUAAAUUUAUUUUCGAUACCUUUCAAACAAAUGAAAUCAUUGAUCACAUGUGCAUAAUUUUCUCAUUUUAUAAGUAUUCUGCCGAUAAGAGCGUCAAGGAGAUAGAAUUUAUGGCAGAAGUCAAAAAUCUCAUUAUGGUAUCUACGGGAAUAGAAAAUGUGAAAGAUAUUCCAAUGUUUUUCUUGCAAACUAGAAAGCAAAGUACACCCGAAUUUCUAGCAGAAAUCAAGAAGCUAAGAUCAUUUAUAACAUCAGUUGAUUUGUUAGAAACAAAAGAAGCAAGAGAUGCUCAUUAUGGAUACAAAGAAGUUACUGAGUCAGAAAUUAAAGUACUCAGUGGAUCAAAGGUUGAAGGAGAUAAAGAAUACGAAGUUUAUGUUGACAGAGAAAGGAUUAAAUAUAUUCUUAACAAUGGAGCAGAACCUAAAUUUAGUGAAUGGAAGAUUCUUCGAACUUAUAACGAAUUAGUUAAAGAAACAUGGAAAGAGUACGAUUAUCAUCAUUUUGUAAACUUCGAAAUCAGCGGUGAUGUUAAAUACAAAAUAUUUGAAGAUCGCUAUAAAGUAGUGACAAAAGAUUAUCGUACUGGCGAAGUACAGAAAUCAUCUUGCUAUAUUAGAGAAAAAACAAAUAGAGAAGUUAUUGCUAGGCGUAAAAAGGAAAAACUUAGUCGAACAAUAAAGGAAUUUCAUCGUUGUGACUCAAAUAAUAUUUAUUUUAAAGUCUAUGACGAAUAUCGAUAUAAAACAAUUGAUUUCGAUGGAAGAGUAAGCUAUUCUCCAUGGAAAAGAGAUUGGUUUUCAUUGAAAAUUAUUAAUGAAACUAUCCAGAAAAGAGAUUGGUUUUCAUUAUAUAUAAUCUUGUACCUGGUUUAA